AUAUCUACACUCUAAUCAGGAUCAUGAAUGCCUUGGCUGCUACCAACAGGAACUUCAAGCUGGCAGCGCGGCUGCUGGGUUUGGAUUCGAAGCUCGAGAAUAGUUUGCUCAUACCAUUCCGCGAAAUCAAGGUUGAGUGUACAAUACCAAAAGACGAUGGGUCGUUGGCGAGUUUUGUGGGGUUUAGGGUUCAGCAUGACAAUGCUAGAGGUCCCAUGAAAGGAGGGAUCAGAUACCAUCCCGAGGUUGAUCCAGAUGAGGUGAAUGCCUUAGCACAACUAAUGACAUGGAAGACAGCAGUAGCCAACAUACCGUAUGGUGGAGCCAAGGGCGGGAUAGGAUGCAAUCCGAGCGAGCUGAGCUUGUCUGAACUGGAACGGCUCACUCGAGUUUUUACUCAGAAGAUACAUGAUUUGAUAGGCACCCACACAGAUGUCCCAGCUCCUGAUAUGGGAACAGGUCCACAGACAAUGGCAUGGAUUCUGGAUGAGUACUCGAAGUUCCAUGGCUAUUCACCUGCAGUAGUAACAGGAAAACCUAUUGAUCUUGGAGGCUCUCUAGGUAGGGAUGCCGCUACAGGGAGGGGUGUUCUCUUUGCAACAGAAGCCCUGCUCAACGAGCAUGGCAAGAGCAUUGCCGGGCAGCGCUUUGUUAUACAGGGAUUUGGUAAUGUUGGCUCUUGGGCUGCUCAACUGAUCAGUGAACAAGGUGGAAAGAUUGUUGCUGUUAGUGAUAUCACUGGUGCCAUAAAGAACAACAAUGGGAUUGACAUACCAAGCCUGAUGAAACACGUGAAGGAGAACCGUGGAGUCAAAGGUUUCCACGAUGGAGUUGCAAUAGAUCAUAAUUCAAUAUUGGUUGAAGAUUGUGACAUCCUCAUCCCAGCUGCCUUAGGAGGCGUGAUUAACAGGGAUAAUGCAAAAGACAUCAAAGCCAAGUUUAUCAUUGAGGCAGCUAAUCAUCCAACUGAUCCUGAAGCUGAUGAGAUUUUAUCGAAGAAAGGAGUUGUCAUUCUGCCAGACAUAUAUGCAAAUUCAGGUGGAGUCACUGUCAGUUAUUUUGAAUGGGUUCAGAACAUUCAAGGCUUUAUGUGGGAUGAGGAGAAAGUGAAUGCUGAACUGAAGACAUAUAUGACCAGAGGUUUCAAGGAUGUGAAGGAUAUGUGCAAAACCCACAACUGUGACCUCCGUAUGGGCGCUUUCACUCUAGGUGUUAAUCGGGUUGCCAGGGCAACACUUCUGAGGGGAUGGGAAGCUUGAAAAGCGGAUGCAUAAAUUCAUAAUCACCGCUUUUUUCUUGAAUAAAGGAAGGCUCCAAGAAUCCCUCACCCUCUACCAGUUCUGAUUCAUUCCAAACUCUGCAAUACAGUUCUGGCAAACGCCUCUUUUUUGUGUUUGACAAUGUAACAUGUUUCUUUCUUGUUAUGAUUUAUAUAUUCCCCUGGAUUUCUAAA